CUAAACGGAAACAGAGCUAUGCUAAGCUAACCGAGUUAGCGCCGGGGGCUGUUGUAGUGCGGCUCUCAGCUCAAUGGUCUCUUCUUCCUCCAGGCUCCGUCUGGUGUGGCGACAUUUAGUAAACACUCGAAUGGGAGACAUGGCCUCCAAAACUCAGAUGCCAAGCCCGGAAGCAGCGCUGCCCGGUCGGGCUGAAGCCCUCAGAGUCUCUGCCAAACACGACGUGAACGGUAACAGGACCAUUCCUCCUUUCCCAGAAGACACACACAUGGUUAUGUUUGGCAUGGGUUGCUUCUGGGGGGCAGAGAGAAAGUUUUGGAGGGAGAAAGGAGUUUAUUCCACUCAGGUUGGCUACGCGGGAGGGCACUCACCCAACCCCACCUACAAGGAAGUGUGCUCAGGCAUGACGGGCCAUGCUGAGGUGGUCAGAGUGGUCUUCCAUCCAAACCAGAUCUCCUUCGCCAGCCUGCUCAAAGUCUUCUGGGAGAGCCACAAUCCCACUCAAGGCAUGCGUCAGGGCAACGAUGUGGGGACGACGUACCGCUCGGCCAUCUAUGCCUACACACAGCAGCAGCUGAAGGAGGCGCUGGCGUCCCGAGAUCAGUACCAAAAGGCUCUGACUGAGGAAGGUUUUGGAGUCAUCACAACAGAGAUAGCAGAGGGCAAAGACUUUUACUAUGCCGAGGACUACCACCAGCAGUACCUGAAUAAAAACCCACAAGGCUACUGUGGGCUGGGCUCCACAGGAGUCUCCUGUCCAAUGGGAAUCAAGGAGAAGGCCUAGUUAGUCAACCAGAUCCGGAUCCACAAUUGGGCAUACUGCAAAUAAUUAAAUACAGGGCCAAUAUUACCAAUACCGAUACAUUUUAUUUUAAAAUGUUCAACAUCAUCGUAUAGUUUUGUGAUUUUAAUUAGUUGAUCAUUAUUAAAGUCAGGAUAAAACAAAGGACAAAUAUUUUAGGCAAACAAAAAUGUUUAUCGUGAAAUGUAUUUGGCAAUAUAUAAAUACAACAAUUUGUAUAUUAUUUUAUGGAGCAAUUAACACAUAACUUAUGUAUUUGAUUGUUUAUAAAUACUAGAUGAAUCCAUUUCCCACGUUAUUUGUAUUUCUUUGUGUGACAUUCUACUGGCCACCUACUGUACACCUGACUGCCCUGCUACGAGUGUUAUAUUCACACAAAUACAGCAACAUUCCCGUUAUUUUACAAUGUUUGCUGUCAUUAUCCACUCUUUCUAUUUGCGUCUCAUGUUUUAAUUCUAAAUGAUCAUGGUUUUUAUUCACUUGUCAAUUCCACUUGCUGUCACUAGAGAGCAGCAGAGAGCCAGAAUAGUUCCCUUGUACUAAAAGCGCAUGUUAUGUAUAACGAAUGUAUAAAGUUGUUGUCUUUACACAUCAUCUCAAGCUCUUUUAAAAUUAACUAUAAACAUUAUGGAGCUGUCAGGUAACACUAUAAGCUGUUAGAAAGACACACACCGCAACGUAAAAGCAACAAAAGUGACACAGUAUUGUACAUUAUUAAGCGUAAAAGCCAACUGGGAACGAGUUAGUGUUAGUGUCAUGACAGGCGCAUAGGAUGUGAUCACGUCGCCAUAGUAAACAGCUGUCAUUCACAAUACUUAUGUAAGACAAGCACAUAUAUGUUUUUAUUUUUUUAUGCAUUCUAAUUCGUUAAUUAAACGCGGGCAAAAACAGCUAGGAAUGGAGCCUAUAGGAGUCGCUCUAUUCUGCUUAUGGCCCAUUAAAAACAUCCAAACACUUCCGGUUUUAUAUACAUGCUAUAAGUGUAUAUGUAAUGUAAUAACAGGCACAUUCAUAAUAACAAACGCAAUGGACGCAAUGACGUCAUGGCUCCCAUUAGGUCCAGUGUAAGUGGACUGUUAUUUACGUUUAUUUACAAAUUAUAACGCAUUUAAAAAAGACUUGUGUUUUGGUCUCAUUCGGAUUGUGAAUUUUAGGCCAAAUUUAAAAAAAAAAGCGCAGUUCCCCUUUAUUUAUAUCAUU